CGCUGAUCUGCCAGCACCAGCGCGGCGACCACACCCGUAUUCCAGCAUUGCCUCUCGCAUCGUCGCCAUCCCUUGGACCAUGGCGUCCGAUCGAGAAGAAGAAAGUGGCUGGGAGACCCAGUCAACCAACAACGACGAUGAGUACGACAGCGAAUCUGGGCCUUCUGAGCCCACUGGACCGGCGCACAGUAUCCCCGCCUUGUUUUCAGCCGCGGAGAACAGUCCGCGGCUGAGGAAUAUCACUCGGAUAUCCGACUUUGCUCGGCCCCUGACCUUGCGCCCAAACCACAUCCGCAUCCGCACCGGAGUAGACCAUAUGAUGUUCGGCGACACCGAUGACAGCGAAUUCGAUGACUUUGAAGACUCCAUGGACGGUUUUGAUAUGGACGAUAUGGACGAUAUGAAUGAUAUGGACGAUAUGAAUGAUGUGGAUGAUAUGGACGAUACGGACGAUAUGGAUGACUCUGACGAUUUCGGCAGCGAGCUUGAAUAUGCCGGCAACUCGCUCCUGACCGCUUCAAGCCAGGGUCACCCGAAAUAUCUCUUGGCCGUCGAGAGUCACUAUCGCGAUUACAAGUCUGACCCCGCUUGUCGAGAGAGUCAGCAUCGACUCUUUGCCCUCUGGUCGGGAUGGAGCCCGGUCCAUCUCCAUCGCAUCAGCUCCGCCGAGCGGUUCAGUAAAUGGGACUCCCCAACGGUCAUCGAUGAAGACGCAUAUAUGGCAUGCCCGGAACCCUGCCGUCUGGUUCAUUUCGACCUGACCCAAGAUCGCAACAAUCUGUGGGAGGCCUCCCCAAACGAGUUCCCGAUCGCCACCGUAUAUACGUUCGUGCAUGAAGUCCAUGACUCCUCAUACCGGCCCGCUCUGAUCGCCCCUGGCUAUCCGCUGCAGUUCCUCAACUCGCCGUCUAAAAGCAACCAUCCCCAGUGCGCCGCCGCCAUCUGCCUGGGCCCUCUGGAAGACUCUGUCUUGGUGCAAGCUGGCAGCCGACGCAUCGUGUCGAUCCAGCGGCCCUUCACCUUCUAUGGACGAUACGUCUACCGGGGCGGUCUCCAUCCCGAGCGACCGGAUAAAGUUGGCAUUCACGAAUCAGGGUUCUCGGAUGAACAAGUGCCUAACGAAGCAGCAAUCGACGACAUGUUCCCAAACCUCUUUGGCCACACACGGUUCUUUGCGACGUGCAAGCAGUCAACAACGUCGAUUCCGAUACUCCAGCUCGACCGUCCCCUGUGCUGCACAUACAAAUACGGAUACAUGGCCUUCGGGACCACGAACGGCGAGCUUAUUGUGUACUGCAUGAUGGGCUCAAGUCCGAGGCUGAUUAUGCGACUUAGUCGCGAUCACAACCUCCUGAACUCCAUCGAAAUCAUCCGGCGCAAGAUUCAUGUAUCUUCAGAAACCGAGGCGCCUGAAAGGACAGCAUCGGAUGACAUACAAGUCGAAGACGACGACAAUUAUCGCUACCAGUUCCUUAUUGUGGCUGCGCUGAACUCUGGAUCGGUCCACAUCUACGAGAUCGGAGAACACAGCCAUGAAACUGACAGCCAGGGAUCCACCGAGGCUGAUCAAGACAAUCUGCCGGCACCCCGGCUGAUUCAGCGGAUUAUGUUCCCAGAUGCAUGUGUUAACGACGCCAAGAUGUCCCCCGAUGGCAAGUGGCUGGCCUGUGCAGGCGACAGUGGAUACAUCUGGGUCUGUCGCGUGCACUAUAGCGACAAGGCAAUCAAGAGCAAGAAAGUCGGCAGCGUCUUCAUCGAUGAUUCAGCCGACCAGCCGUUCGUGGAUCAACCCGAUAACGACGAGCCAAACUACGGCCGGUAUAUUUACGUCUCCCGGCCCGAGCAGAUUCCCAUAGAUGAUAUCCUGCAGGAAGAGAUCACCGGCCGAAGAGUCGGCCCCUCCGAAUCUGAUGGCGAGCCGUCUCGCAGCCACAUCUCCACUCAGUAUGUUAGUUGGAGCAGCGACUCCAAGUAUUUUGCACUCUCGUCCGAUUCUCAUUGGAUCGUUCUUGUUGCCGAGCCUGCGACCAAGUCCGUGAUGCUCAAGAUCCUGGCUGGAGCGCCCUCCGUCACUGUUGCCUUCCAUCCCAUCCUGCCUCGUAUCCUGGCCUUCCCGAACCGCUGGGGAUACACCCAUAUUGUCGACCUAUCGUCAUAUGUGUCGGCGUGGGAGCUGGCGCAAAGCAAUCCGGCGUAUCCAGCCCCGCCUAGAGAGCAGCUGAAGCAAGACAUCCGUCGUCAGAUCCUGGUGGCCUCGUUCCAAGUCGUGCAGGGCUCUCGACACUCGGGUUGGGGUGGGGACAGCACCGACCCGUAUGAUACGGAUCAAGACAGCUUCGACGAUGAAGAAGAAGACGACGACGAGGACGGUGAAGAUGAACAUGACGAGCAUCACGGCGGUGACCACGGCCACGAUGAUGGCGAAGGUGAAGGCGGAGUCACCGGUGAAAAUGCAGGCUCGCCCCAAGUCGGAAGGCCAGCCCUGGCCCCUGUAGCCGGCUUGAGCGGCGACCAAGAAGCAAUGGCGGAUCAGGUAGAACCCGAUGAUGGAGGCGACUCCGAGGACAGCCAGGCUUGGGAAGAUAUAAGUGAAGAUGAAACCGAAGGCGGCGACCGAAACACCGAAAAGGACAUUGAGGUCCUGGCCAAAAUCAACGGUAUCAUCUGGAGCCCCGAUGGUCGCUGGCUCUAUAUCGCCACUGCCCAACGGGUCCAGGUCUACCCCUUCAUCGGCAUGCCCGCCCCGUCGCUUGUCGAUCUUGCCCGUGAGCAGAUAUGGCACGAUCGAGGACAGUGCGGCAUCGACAUCAAGCGGCCCAUGCCCUACACCACGGCUCAAGUGUCACUCGCCGUCGGAAGCCAAUACCCGGAACUGGAUCCGAGCAUCGAAGACCAGGCCGACAACGUUACUGGCCCGGAUGGCUCGCAGAUCGGCGAGCAAUUCCUGGACCGCAUUGCGCGGGACUGGGUUGAUGAAAAGCCUUGGGUUGGGCACUGGCUGACACCCAGUGUCGAUGCCUGGAGCGAUGUUGAGAACGAAUAAAGCCAGGCGGGCUGCCUUCCUCCCUUGGAUGGACGCAUGGUCAUAGGGAGGUAUUGCUGAUUCUCACCACACAUCGGACGAAGUAGGUUUGAGAGAC